AUGCUGCAACCAGCUCGAAUCAUCCUAUUAAAAGAAGGCACUGAUACCUCUCAGGGUAUCCCACAAAUAGUGAGUAACAUUACCUCCUGUGAAGCGGUUGCCGAUGCCGUUCGUUCCACUUUGGGCCCUCGGGGAAUGGAUAAGAUGAUCAUAGACGAUCGCGGAAAGGCUACGAUAUCCAAUGACGGAGCCACCAUUUUGAAGCUUUUGGAUGUUGUGCACCCCGCGGCGAAAACGCUGGUUGAUAUCGCGCGUGCUCAGGAUGCUGAGGUCGGUGACGGCACUACUACGGUGACUAUUCUGGCUACAGAAUUCCUCAAGCAAGUAAAACCAUUUUUGGAAGAAGGAGUUCACCCCACUGUAAUCGUUCGCGCCUUCCGUAUUGCGGAGAAAAUGGCAUUGAAGAAACUCGAUGAGCUGGCCUGUCAUAUUCGAAAAGUUGCCCCGAGUGAACAAAGACAAAUGCUGGAGAAAUGUGCGGCAACUUCCCUUAGUUCGAAGCUCGUCGCAGCACACAAAGGGUUCUUCGCUAAGCUGGUUGUUGACGCCGUCACCGUUUUGGACGCUCACCUGCCUAUGAAAAUGAUCGGCAUAAAAAAGGUAUCUGGAGGCGCAUUGGAAGACUCGUUUCUCAUUGCUGGGGUUGCUUUCAAAAAGACGUUUAGCUAUGCGGGCUUUGAAAUGCAACCAAAGUCUUACAAGUCCCCGAAGAUUGCUCUUUUAAAUAUUGAACUGGAGUUGAAGGCGGAGAAGGAAAAUGCUGAAGUUCGUGUGCAUUCCGUAGAAGAAUAUCAGAAAAUUGUGGAUGCUGAGUGGCAGAUUUUAUAUGAGAAGCUCGAAAUACUGCAUAAAAGUGGCGCGAAAAUUGUUCUUUCCAAAUUACCCAUCGGGGACGUAGCCACACAGUAUUUUGCCGACCGUGAUAUGUUCUGUGCGGGUCGCGUCCCCGAAGACGAUUUGUCUCGCACACAAAUGGCCUGUGGUGGAAGUGUCCAAACGACAGUACAAGGACUCGCUGAAAGUGCACUCGGUACUUGUGAAACUUUUGAGGAGGUACAAAUUGGCUCUGAGAGGUAA